GAAGAAGAAGAAAACUGUAGCGAGCUGGUAGCGAGUCAGGAGUUGAUAUUUGAAGACGACCAGGAUAGAGAAUUUUAGCAUCUGUUUAGUAUAACAUUUAUAUAGUUAUUUAGAUUAUUUAUUUCGUGAAGGCUAAGUAGUUAAUUAGCAUAGUUGUUAGUGUAGUACUGUUAGAAGCAUAGUUAAGUUAGUAGUAUAGUAUUGCAUCAGUUAGAAUAGCUUCAAGUUAGCGUAGAUUUAUCUGUAUUUAGUCAGGAUGGUACGUAGGUGUAUUGUUGCUGGUUGCAAUAGCACUGCUGGACUGCAUAGCUUUCCCGCAGACUUGGGAAUUAGGCGCCAGUGGAUGCAUGCACUUGGACUGGGGGACCGUGAGUUCCCGCCAGGAGCUAAAGUGUGCAACCUGCAUUUUACGCGGGAUCGCUUUUCCAACGUAAUGGAGGUGGAAAUGGGCUUCUCCACACAGCUCGUGCUGAAACCCGACGCAGUUCCAAACGCUGUUCAUGCAUCGCAGCGGCGUAUUGUGCCUGCUAUGACCAGAGAAAUUGGGUGCCAGACUGAACCAGUCAGCACCAAACAUGCAUUUGUGCAGGCUAACAUGAAGCCCAUAAGGAGAAGCAAAGCCAUCCAGGCCAGAAUGCCUAACAGGAGUGUGUCGUGUGACACAGGCACACUGAUGGAGCCUUUCACAGAGUGUCCCGGGGCAACCUCUACAACAAUAAAGAGAAAAAGAUGUGAGGUGUCCACUUAUGACUCCAGCUACCAUCCGGAUAAAAGUGAGAGUGCCACGAACAGUACAAGAGUCUACAAUGAAGUACCACCCAAAAAAGUGACUAAGUACAUUGUAUAUGAAGAUAAACUGCUAGAACUUUUUAAAAGUUGCCCUGUCUGCACCCAGAGUUUGGAUGUUUCACAAACAAUCAUUGGGACACUUCUCCGUGUCAAACAGCACUGUGCUUACUGUGAGUACUCCAGUGAUUGGUCGAGCCAGCCAAUGGUAAACAACAUACCAGCGGGAAACUUACAGCUCUCUGCAGCUGUUCUGUUCAGUGGCUCAUCGUUUUCCCAGAUAUCAAAGUUCUUGGAUGCCUUCAAAAUCCAGGGGAUCUCUGAGCCAUGCUUCCAAGAACAUAAGGCCAAGCUCCUUAUCCCAACCACAAACUGGCAGUGUAAAAUUGAGCAGGAUGAAGCUAUUAUAGAUGCCAUUGCUGAUGGGGCUAAGACUCUUGAUGGGGACAUAAAAGCUGAGACUCUUGGUGAGGACAUAAAAGCUGAGACUCUUGGUGAGGACAUCACAUUUGAGACUCUUGGUGGGGACAUCAAAGCUGAGACUCUUGGUGAGGACAUGAGAGCUGAGACUCUUGGUGAGGACAUGAGAGCUGAGACUCUUGAUGGGGACAUAAAAGCUGAGACUCUUGGUGAGGACAUGAGAGCUGAGACUCUUGGUGAGGACAUCACAUUUGAGACUCUUGGUGGGGACAUCAAAGCUGAGACUCUUGGUGAGGACAUCACAUUUGAGACUCUUGGUGGGGACAUGAAAGCUGAGACUCUUGAUGGGGACAUUGAAAGCUGAUUCACCUGGAAUUUGACUUCAAAUUUAUGAAUAUAUGCCUGACAGCAGCUGUCAAUUAAUCUGUCACUGUGGGUCUCAGGUGCAAAGCCAAGUAGUCCCCUCUAUCUCCGUUGGGUUCUGCCCAUUUUUCAGGCUCUGACCAGGGGUUUAGUUACUCCUUUAAUAGAAAUAAUAGAUUUUUCAGAAAUA